UUCUACAAGUUCGGAGUGUUUGCAGAUAGGGAGAAUAUUGCGACAUCAGGCAAACGGGCUCCGAAAGAUAACUGGUGUGGCUAUCGAGGUGUUGGUCAAGGAGCCUUUCCCCAAGUCGCUUCUUCACGACGACGGUCAGACACGUACGGGUAUCAGACGGCGCGCACGUCUGCGUUCGACCGGUGGAAGCGCCAUAUUCGCCCAGUUCUCAAUAGACCAUCAGGCCUCGAAAGCUCUCUCGAACUAUACCAUUGCGGCUCUGUAUAAUUGCUGGUUGACCUCAUCGGUCAAGGAUACUUUCAGCCGUUACGCAUAGCCUCAAGGCACAGCCACCGACCGCACCAUUCGGGACCAGAUACCGAAGCAACGUUCGACUUGAGUCAACUUUACCGUGUUCUAAGAACAGCAACAUAGGCCGGGAUGGAUCAACAACGUGGGAGAUCUCCGUCUGUGGGGAAUCAACAAUCCCAUAUAAACCAGCAUCACUCGCCUCCCCCGCAUUCAUUUCAGGAGGAUGUACACUCGGUUGGCUUGGGACUCAAGGUUGAUUCACCAGAUCCAGGCAGCAACACCCAGCAAUAUCUGAACUUCAAUUCGAACGACGUUUCUUCGUAUGAUAACAGCGAAUUUCUCAACCAGCAGGGACAAUCAUUCUCGCAGCAAGACCAACAGCAAACCAGCUUCACUCAAGAACUCCUAGGUGCAAACCUCUCUCCAAAUUUUAACGACGGAGACUUCUCCCUGUUUUCUACCCCAAGUGGUCAGGGUGAUCAGUUUGAUCCGCAGUUCUUCAUGAACGAACUUUCUCCCCGGUCGGCAAACCCGUCCGUCAACCCAGCUGAACUUGACAUGUCUUCACCUCCGAGCCAUACCCAAACGCCCCCUGGCCUUCUACAACCAGACUCCCGUUCACCUUCAAUACAUCAAUCCCCGGCCUUCAACCAGGGGCCGUUUCAGGCAUCGCCUGGACAUUCUAGGCAUGCGUCGUUAGGCCCAGAAAGUGCGGCAUUCCUGCAGGGAAAUCACGUUGACUGGACCAUGAUGCCCCCACAAUUUCAAAACCACCGAAGAGCACCAUCAGAGUAUUCUGAAGUCUCUGUUUCUUCUGCCGCCCCUUCGCCAAAUUUGGCUCAGCAAGAUGUUUUUGACUCGUUAGAACACCGCCAUUCACCAAUGCAGAAUCCCCACGACCCUCUGUAUCAGGAGGUUCUUGGCAUCGGAGCCUUCUCAUUAUCAGACCCCCAUAACGCAAGUCCGCGCACAGGUCUAAGUCCAGCACAUAGCCCUGCGAUAUCUCCUCGGUUAGGUCCUGAACAGCUCCCGAAUCCUAAUCAAUCUCCAUUCAUGCUAGGAAUGGACAACGGUUUUGGACAACCACAAAACAUAUAUGGAGGUCAAAACCAAGAGAUUAUGCAGCCUCAACACAAUGGCGGAUCUAUUGAUAUGGGGGAAGCGCAACAGAUGGUCCCACCACAGAUCAAUGUCGAAUUUGCGCCAACGUCCAGAACCAAUAGCUUUGAACCUCCUAAGCCUUCUUCUUUUGACCAGGAUGCUUUGAUUCCGCCUGAAAGAGGCCGCCGUCGUAGAGCUGUUUCAGAUCCAUACAACAGUGUCUCCAGCGUUUCUCGUCCACACGACCCAUCAAGCUUGUCGCCUAGUCUUAGUUUGAACCGCUCCGUUGAAUCUGCUCGUUCAUUAUCUCCAAAUGAUCGUGCGGACGCAAGUUCGCCCAGCCGGCGCCGACAAUCAACAUCAUCGCUGCCAAAUCGAGACUAUAUCCUCGGGCUUGCGGAUCCUGAAUACCAAGCUGCUAGCUCUGAUAAUGGCAAUGCCAGACGUGUCCAAAAGCACCCUGCGACAUUUCAAUGCACUCUAUGCCCAAAACGGUUUACCCGUGCCUACAACCUGCGUUCUCAUCUCCGCACCCACACUGAUGAGCGGCCUUUUGUCUGCACAGUUUGUGGGAAAGCAUUUGCACGUCAGCACGAUCGAAAGCGUCAUGAAGGUUUGCAUUCGGGAGAGAAGAAAUUCGUAUGCAAAGGAGAGCUCAAACAAGGUGGGCAGUGGGGUUGUGGUCGUCGCUUUGCACGUGCCGAUGCGUUGGGUCGGCAUUUCCGUUCAGAAGCUGGCCGCAUUUGCAUUAAGCCGUUACUCGAUGAAGAGGCCAUAGAACGGCAACGAUUAUGGCAGGAGCAAAGGAUGCAGAACAUGCACAGUAUGCAACCGCCUCAGCCAAUUGCCGUGGGUCCCAAUGGCUUCCCAAUGGAUGCCAGUGGUAAUUACACACUUCCUGCUGCCUUGCUCGCUCAGUACCCCGCGCUUGCGACACUGAGCUGGCCAGACUUAUCACAAGGAGACGUCGGCAUAGACGAUGAUCCGAGUGGCCGAAGUAGCUUCGACGCUAGUGGCUCUGAGUACUACGAUGAAGGCGACGAUGGUGGCUACAUAUCGAGCGGCCCCGGCCCUCAACAAGGCUACGAACACGGCCAGAUGAACGAAAUGUAUAAUGGUUAUUCUAGUGAUAUGGGGACCCGCUAAGACGUGAACUCUCUUGCUCUUGUUAUGGCUUAUUUUCUUUUUAUUUUAACGGCCGGCAUCAUAUAUAGAUUUCCUUUGUCGGGAUUAGUUUUGGGCGUUACUUAGAUACCACUUCGCUUUGCUCAGAGGUCAUGGACU